AUGCACGCAACAGAGAGGAGCCGUAACUCGACCUGCUCUACAGACAAUGGCUCGUCGCACGCACAUGACGACACUCGUCUCACACAUGUAGUCUCGAACCUUUCUACGCUUUCUGACUCUCCCAAGCACAAGCACUCGCAAACGCGCGUUUUGGUGUCCACGAGGGAUGCUUACCAGGUCGCUCCUCAAGCACUGCCGCUCGCCGCCGCCUCGAUCUCGUCGACCGGAUCGCAGACUCACUUGUCAGCAGCCACAGCCGUUCACCUCACCACGCUUCUCACUACUGGCCAGCGCAAGUCGUGGAAGUUUGCACCCACCGACACCAUCCAAACGGUUCGAACCCAGAUCUGGCAGGAUUGGCCCGAGUCUUGGCCGCAACCCCGACCCGAAUCGGCCGACUAUCUCAGAUUGCUCCACCUCGGCCACAUUCUGGAUGACGCACAACUCACGCUCGCCUCUCGUGGCUGCAAGGCCGGUGCGACUACGGUGGUACACAUGAUCAUUCGCUCCAUUCCACCACCAUCCGAGCCUGUCAAGAUGGAGCAGCAAACGCCCGUCAAGACCCACUCGGACGCGCCACCGACUCGACGCAGGACCGAGCAAGAGGACACGCCUGGUUGCAGCUGUGUCAUCUGCUGA